AUGUCCUGUGUCAAGACUGAGGACAUGGACGGCUCUGUCGCCAACACUCACGCCAACGCCAGCCUUGAUGUUGUUUUUCCCAAUCAGCGCCCACCAGCUGCAAAGCGUGGCCCUUUCAAGGACCAGAAGGCCCGGGAGGAGACAGCAGCAACAAGGAAGAACGGAUCCUGCAUUCGAUGCAAGAUGCAGCGAGUGAGAUGCAAAACCGACCCAGAUGACCCGAAGGGCCCGUGUCUAGGCUGCAAGCCAAGAUCGAACAACAAUCAUCACAAGCAACUUAUCCGCCAGCCCUGUGUACGCCACAAAAUCACGGAAUGUCAUUUCUUCAAAAAGGGCCAAGCACCUGGUUUCGAGUGGACCCAACGUUUCAACAACGGCAUUGUAGACAACAUCAACAACUGGGCGUCGAAUGAAGUGAGAAUUGUACGCUUGUGGGAGGGUUACACGCCUAGCAGUAUGUGGGUCCAGCUUUCUGUAAGAGAAUUCGUUCCACAACCGGGCGACAAGCUGGAACGGACUUGGGUUACCGAGGAAGGUGAAAAGAAGUCUGUGGCGAUCCCCACGUACGCCAUCACGAACCUGGACGACGCGCAGACGGCGUACGAGGAUUAUAUUAAGAGAGGCGUCGUUGAAUGCUUUAACUCGGUCGUGGAGAGUGUGAUGGGUGUCAGGGACCGACUACUCUUCGAGACCUACCUCAAAGCUUGGAAACUCUCGCAAGAUCCUUCGACGGCCCAAGAUGAGAAGGAUCUUCUGCUUCAAACGCUAGAAUUAUGGAUGGCGGUUCGCUUGACGACGAAGUCAAUAGAGAUUGUUGGGGACGACACGCUCGGAAUGACACGCGAUAUUCUGGAUAGCAGCAGCCCGCAGCACGGACGCAUCCCCCUUCCGCCGGUGAUGGGAGCUCAGUUGGACUUGGUCCUCAUCCAGCAUAUACAGACGAGACUUCGACGAGAAAUGCUGGAAAAGCUCCAAAAGAUGACGCUGCAGAAUAAGCAGAAGACUUGGUUGACCACCUACCUGGUGACGUUUAUGUUACUGCACAACAUCGCGCUUGUGACGGAUCACGAUGCUUCAUAUGCCAGGAAGCACGGUAUGAAGACAAAAUUCGCCAGACAGACGGAUGUCCAAGAAUACCAUAUGGGAGGAACGAUUCUCCUCGCGUACUUCCACUACUGCAACAAGGGAAUCUACCCAUUUUCCGAGGAUUGCAGAGACCAGGACUUGCGGACGCUGGCCCAGCUGGACGACGAUGCGGUGCAGUUUAUCCACUACACGCGCGCAAUGGCAUUGCAAAACAAACGUGAAUGGGAAGAGGUUCAACGAGCCAACCAGUACGAGCAGCCAUACUUCUUCGUCAGCCAGCUCUUCCAGCGAGACUGGCAGCCCCAAACGUGGGCAUAUUAA